UGAUGUUUAUAGAACAACUAACGUAGCGCUAAGUAUAUCUGUAAUGGAAUAUGACUAAGCGCAGAGAGUGGAAUUAUUUAUGUUUGACAUUUCAUUGUUUCAUUUUAUUCACUGAAAGGAGAGGGAAAGCGGUUAACGACGGAAUCACGCGAACAAGAAACGACGUUCGGUAUACUCACUAAUUGACGCUACCAACGUCGCAGAAAAGGUCAAUCCAUAAGAGUAAAGGACUUUGUGGUGGUGGGAAAUGAAUGAUCUUCGCAUUGGAAACACAACCUCGCCGCCAAAUGUCUACGCAGGCGAUUCGCUGAUGGAGAAAUCUUUCAAAUGUUUGGCUUAUGGUGUAGUUGUCGCACUGUCUGUCAUCGGUAACACAUUGAUUAUCUUUGCCUUCAAACUUAAUAUCGGUGGAAAACUCCACACGGUCAAUAACAUGUUCAUUGUGAGCAUGGCUGCCGGAGACCUACUCCUCACAGUGGCUAGCACACCAGAGAGAAUCACAAGAAUUUUGGCCGAUGAGCGAUGGCUUAUCCAUGGAAACUGGGGAAUAUUCUUGUGUAAGACAACGAACUACAUGGAGAAGCUUUGCAUGAAUCUUUCAGUGAUCCAUCUGACACUGAUUGCCAUAGACCGGUUUGUAGCUGUGUGUUAUCCCCGGAGGAAAAUCAUCACCGCCAAAAGGGCUCAGUUCAUCAUUGCAACCGCUUGGUUUAGUUCAGCUGUCUAUUGUGUCCCUUUGUUUUAUUACGCGAACUUGUUGGUGAAAAAUGGGACGGUUUUCUGUAAAACGCGACACUUUUUUAUCAACUGGCGAGUUUGGUAUUUGUUUUUCCUGUCACUGCUUGUACUAACACUACUUGUUGCGGUCGGACUUUACGCUGCGAUAAUCAUUCGUCUCUGGCGUGGAGAAAGAAGACCCACAACCAGAAUGUCAUUCCGAAGCCUUACAAACGCGCGAAUCAAUGCUCGUGUUCUCAAAAUGGUAGCCAUGAUAGUGUUUACAUUUUACUGUUGUAUUUUACCCUAUUGGAUUGGCUGGGUAUUCUGUUCGUACUAUCGCAACGACAUCAUUUGUAGCGAUACCUACGUGUUCGUGGCGGUUUUUCUAAUGUACUCUAACAGCGCAUUCAACCCAGCGAUUUACUCGUUUUUCAACCCUAAUUUUCGCUUGAGCUUCCGAUUUAUUCUUAACAAGCUGUGUAAAUGUUGUUUUACGAACAGAUCGCUGUACAUUCAGCCAGAACCAAAACCAAAACCAAUUUACGACAUUAGAAGAGGUUUGCGAGAUUGUGAUGAAGCCGACAAGACGAAAGUGGAAUGCAUUUCCAUCCAGAAUCUACAGUGACAUUGACAUUAGGAAUCAGCAAAGUGCGAAUUUAAUCAACUCAUCCUGAAAUUUCUUACAUUAAAACUAACAUGGGAACGAAACAAUGAUGAAUCGCGCCAAAGGGGCUUCCCUGAUGAUCCGCUUAAGCAAUUAUUUCACCCGAAGUUUGUUGUCGUAAUUGCAUCGUAUGUAUCAUGGAAGUAAAAAAUGAUUGAAGAGGCAGGGUUGAUGGACGAUACUCCUGGCCAUGCGUGAAACAAAUACUCAUCAAGAUUUUAAACAGUUUAGCGAAAUGUCGAGAAAAAUUGACGAGCUGACAAAGAUAUCAUCAAGCUCUUAAAUUUUAGGAUUUAAGAGCAAAUAUGAAACACUUUAAUUAAACUAAUUUGAACAAUGUCGUCGUAUAUUUAGUUAGUAGAAGACGAAAUUUGCCAAAAAAAAAAUUGAAAAUUUUUCAUGACUGCUGUUUCUGAUCUAAAUUGUGGACUUAACAGAUAUUUGUACUGACAUAAAAAUCCUACAUAAUUUGAGUUUAAAAAAACCAUUUUUGAAAUUUCAUUAUAGACGUUCAAUCUAUAACUUCCAGUAUAGUAAUCUUUUCUGUUUUUUAGAGUUUAAUAGUUCAAAAAAAAAGCCCACUUAAUUCAGGCUUGAACGAACAGAAUAAUUUUUUGACGUUCAAUCCUAUCUGGGCCUUACUACUGCAAAAAAAGCGUAAUUUUUCCCGUUUUUCAGGCGAACCAUAGUUAAUCGCGGAGGCAAAAGUGAGGCAAGUGCUAAGCGCGAGUCACGCGCUAGAAGUGGAGCACAACAAAAAUGUCAAAGGUAGUUUUGUUUUUUUUUUUGCGCUCCUCCCAUCGUGGAUGACUCACACUUCGCGUCAGUCCCACGCUUGCCUCCCUUACAAAAGAAAUAAUGUAUGUUCUGCAGGCUAUUUAAGCCUUGUUAUACUCCCCAGAGAAAACAAAAGAAUUGUUUGCCUUAUUUUCUUUUGGUUUUCAGUUUUUAUAAACCGUGGUGCCUCGAUCUUAUUACUAUUCCUAAUUUCAGUUUUCAAAGCUAUUUCAAGUGCUAUUUCUCAUGAACGAAAUGCGACUCCAACGCGAGUAGCAACCCCACAAUAUUCGCUGGUACUCUUCGGCUGAGAGAAACUCUACGCGAGUAAACUGUCUUCCCAAGAACACAGCACUGUGAGUUUGUCAGGACCUAAAUUCGUUCUACUCUUUCUGGAGUCAGGGGCACCAGUAUGAACUAAGCUAGCACAUAUUGUACUUUAGGCUCACGAGUUCUAAAAUUACAAGAAUGCAAAGUGAUGCUACAAUAGCACAACAAUGAGAUACGACAGCAUAACAAGGAAUAU